AUGGACAGAUGGGAUCAACUCAACUCCUUUUUCAACAAAACAGGAGCCAAAGUGACAUUUGGAAUAAAUCCUCUUACUAGAAAGAAGAAGAGCGCUGAUGAGAAUGAUACCUUGUGGGAAGGUGAUAGGGACCCAAAAAAUGCCAAGGAUUUUAUCAGUUAUACCCUUUCAAAGGGAUACAACAAUGACUCGUAUGAAUUUGGAAACGAGUUGUGUGGAACUGGUGUUUCUGCAAGAAUUGAAGCAAAACAAUAUGCGAAAGACGUGGUGGCCCUGAAGAAAAUCGUGCAACAAGUAUACAAACAUGAAAAAACACAACCGGGAGUUUUGGGUCCAUCUGGAUUUUAUGAGGAGACAUGGUUCAAUGAAUUCCUUCAAGCCACAGGCUUUGAAGUCCUUGGUGGAGUCACCCACCAUAUCUACAAUAUGGGUGCCGGUGUUGACAAGAAAUUGAUUAAUCGGAUUCAAGAUCCUCUUUAUUUGGAUCAAAUAGCUGAGACUUUCAAAGAUGUUUCAAAAGCUGCAGCUGUGUAUGCAUCCUGGACUGGACCUUGGGUUAGUGAAUCCAGUGGAGCAUAUAAUAGCGGUGGCAAAGAUGUUCAACAUUACUUCGUUGAUGGCUUCUGGUGA